UCAGAAUAAGACUAACGGAACCAUAUGAAUGUCAGACACCUUCACUAAACAAAGAUAUCAAUUGUAUUCUUUCAUAUUUAAAUAUGCCCUUCCAACAUUUAUUACAACACUUAAAAACCAAACGUAUAGACUACGAAUUAUGGUUGAUUUUACGAUAGUGCGAUAUUGUAUUAUUGAUAGGUAUACCUGUAAUAAUAAAGUUAAGUAUUACGUGUUUUAACCAAUGCGAAAACAAUUUCAGCGAUCACAACUUCCAACGUAUCUUCGAACCUAUUUCCUAGAGCCUUAUAUGCACUUGUAGUCCUCUCGAAGGUGGCUAAUAAUGCUAAAUGUUCCACGUAUGUACAGGUGUUAUUCAGUUAAUAUGCUCAGUAAAGUAAACAGUUUAUUUGCUAUCAAUUAAUUAAUAAAAUGUUGAAAUUUAGUUGAGCUGUGUGGUUGUGGCCGCGUGGUGGGACGAUUGAAACCGGGCUUGUGUUCAGAGAUGGCGGUCUUCGAAGUCGUGGUGUUAAUGCUCCUGAUGCAACUCGCCGCGGGACAGGAUGCCAACUGCGAUUUCACGCAAAACGUUCAAAUAGGCCAAAUGUACUAUAUGUACAGCCCUGGCUACCCCACCAACUACACCGGCGCGCGGCAGUGUCGCUGGAUCGGCAUCUGCCCCUCGGGCUACCGCUGCCGACUGGACUGCCCGGAGAUCCUCCUACCCGCGAGUUCCGGAUGCUCCGUGGACCGGCUGCUGAUCUCAAGGAGCGGGGACCCGCAACUCAGUGGCGGCGACGUAUACUGCGGGCGAGGCUCCACCUCCGUCGUGUCCACCGGCCAGCGGAUCAGCGUCGGAUUAAUCACAUCAGCCAGGACCACAGGAGGCAGAUUCUACUGCGAACUGCGGGCGGAGGCAGCAACGCCAACUCCAACACCGUGCAACUGCGGCUAUAGGAAGAGGAACCGCAUUGUCGGCGGCCAGGAGACAGGCGUAAACGAGUUCCCAAUGAUGGCCGGCGUCAUAUACUUGGACCAGGAACAAAUUCGUUGUGGAGCCACCAUCAUAUCCCCGCGGUACGUGGUGACCGCUGCCCACUGCGUGAAGGACAGGGCCGCUAGCUCACUGGCCGUCGUCGUCGGCGAGCACGAUAAGACGACUGGUGGAGACUCGUCGGCAACACAAGGAUUUAAUGUAGAGCGCGUAACAGUUCACCCUCAAUACACAUCUUCUAACUACGAUUACGAUAUCGCCAUCUUGCGGCUGGCCGGGAACAUCGUGUAUAGCGACCGCGUGGGCCCCGUUUGCCUCCCGUUCAAGUUCGUAAAUACAGACUUUGCUGGCAGUCGGUUCACCUUGUUAGGCUGGGGCUCCCUGUUCAUCGGCGGGCCGGUGUCCGACACGCUGCGGAAGGUGGACGUGGACGUGCUGAGCCAGGCCGCGUGCCAGCGCCUCGUGCCCUCGCUCUCGCCGCGCCAGGUCUGCCACUACACAGCCGGGAAAGACGCCUGCCAGGAUGACUCCGGCGGGCCGGCGCUGUACACGGACCCGGCGACGAACCUGCUGUUCCUGGGCGGCAUCAGCAGCUACGGCCGCCUGUGCGCGCAGGACGGCCAGCCCGGGAUCAACACCAGGGUCACUGCCCUGCUCUCCUGGAUAAUCAGCAACACGCCCGAGGCCACGUAUUGCAGGAAAUAAACGGUUGUGAUGAAUAUAA